UGCAAGUGCGCAUCGUUUGUAUUGACAGCUGUCUCUCGGCUGAUCCCGACUGUGUAUCCCGUUUCGCUUUGCUAUUUUUUUUCUUCGUCACCGCAUUGCAAUCUCACGCUGGUAUCAUUGCACUCGCGCAGCGAUUUCACGGGAAAUCACAUAACUAGUUCGGAGUUUGCGAAUUUACCAAUUGAUGAAGAUAUUUUGACAACGUCGACGACGGGUAGAGAGGAAAGAUAUCCGCGUUUGAAGGACGAUCCAAGAGCGAUAGUCCAGUAUGAUAUGCACUGCGGAGGAGAAACGAAACCUUGGACGAAGUGCGCGUGUGCGAUACGAGUGCCCGCGGUUUUGCCGCCCGCUUUAAUUGUUGCGCUAUUACUUAUCUUUUGCCGGCUUGCACCUUCGUGCUCGUAGAUUGUAUCUGCAUGGUACAAAAAAAUAAAAAAAUAAUUUGAAGGACAAUAAUAUUCAGAGAGAGAGAUAUAUAUAUAUAUAUAUGCACGUAUCUUUCUUGUAAGAGAAUAAAGCAGAGAAAAAAGGUGCGCAAAGAGGACGAGAUACGAGAAAGCUUAUACGAGAAAGGUGGAAAAGAAGAAAGAAUUGUUCAUUUCCGGAGGUGGAGAUUUCCUGCCGCGCUUUUCCCUUCCCUCUCUCUCUCUCUCUCUCUCUUAAUUUCCUCCUGCUCCCGUUGCUCGUAUUGCGUAUACGAUCGCGAAGUGCCCUCGCAACGUGAGUGCAUCGCAAAGACUACAUAACGAAGUUAAGCGGCGCCACAAUAAAACGUUUACUCGAUGCAUGUAUGAUUUACCCAGGGUACUGCGGAUAAAUUACGCGAGAAGAAUUCCGCAUGCGAGAUACAAACGGAAUAAAGGGAUUCUUCUCGAUCAAGUGCGCCGCGCCGAGCCGCACCGGCGGAUCUCGCGUGAUUACUAGAUACAGUGUUGCUCGCGUGUGACGAGAGCCAGUGGACCCUCACGCGAGCACCGUCAAUUUAUCCAAAGCCUUCAUUAUACGGAACAGCCAGCGAGAGCCAGCGAAAGGGAGAAAGAAAGACAGAUGACAGGAAAAUAGAGUCAUGGAUAUCUGGAUGGCAAUACAAAAGAUUUGCAAUUCUACAUAUAAAGUAAUAGAUAACAAUUAUCGCCGUUAUCUCAUUUGAGCGAGACCAGAUACGUUCGAAUACGUUUUUUCGAUCUCAAUAAGAAAGCCGAUCACGAUUAUUGUGACAACGAAACAGGAGAUCGGCUUUUCAUCCAUUAAUAUUCUGCGAGCGAUAUGGGUAAGGCGAAAAAAAGGAUAUCUUCGUUAGUAGACAUUCCUAGAACGGAGAGUGGGCGAAAGAAACCAAUGUGCGGGCGAUGUGAUGUUCAUGGACUGGAAAUUGUGCUCGAGGGACACAAAAAGUAUUGCAAAUAUCAAAAAUGCACAUGUACAGAUUGUUAUUAUUUUCUGGCGAAACAGAGAAUAGCGGCAGACGAGAUAGCUCGGAAACGAGCGAAUAAAUUGAGUAAAGAGAAAGAAAUUAAUCACGAAGAGAUGUUACCGCUAUCUUUACCUUAUCCGCCAAAAGAAGACAACGGUCUAUCGAGUUUACUGAAAUAUACAUUGCAGGAGAUGUACAAAUCUUUCUCUGUGUGGCAUAGUCCCGCCAAGAUAGAGCGAAUCUUGCGCAUUCUCGUCACCUAUGCUCAUGAAAUAGAUUCGAGGAUCAAAUUUAAUGGUUUUUUGGAAUCUACUAAAUACUUGAUUUUUCAAGUCAUUUAUCAAGCAGAACCAAUGUCAUUCAUGACAUUCCAGCAGGCAACGACAUGUUGUUAUGUCCCGCCGAUCUUGCACACACCAUACAAGGAACAGCUUGAUGGAAUAAAAUCACAGUAUUUUAUGAAUUUGGAGUACCCAUCCCCAAAUUUUCCAGUUUGGUCCUCUAAUUUCUUAUCAAUGACAACAACAAAUACGUCUCUUGAAACACUUAAAUCUCCUUCUGAACUAUCUGUUGAUUCUUUUAUUGAUUCUUCUGCUGGGCCUUCUACUGAUUCUUUUACCGAACCUUUUCCUGAUACUCCUACUGACCUUUCUACUAAAUCUUCUACAUACUGUUGAUCGACCGUUAACAGUCAAUGAAAUAAAUCGACGAGGAAAAUGUGUAGAAUCCAAAGAAAAUCGUGUCGCCUGCAAAGUGAUAGAACGAUUGUCAGGACGAGCACUGAACCUGACUAUCAAUCAUUGCCAACAUGUUUCGGACAUCGCUACGCGAGAUAUGCAGUCAACGCUGCUACAUAUUCAGUGGUCCGAGGAAAUCGCAAUCAAUCGAGAAAUUCUUAAAAAAAAACUCGCGAAAAAUUAUUAUAUCGGUUUCACAGCAAGUUCCCAAGACGUUUUUCGUCCUUUGCUUUUAAUCCUCGAUUGUGAUCGUGGUCCUUCGUGAAAGGACGAAAAGUUACCGCUUCUCUACGAGAUAAUCUCACAGUGAUCGAUGCCAUCGCGAUAACAGAUCUUUGCGGUAAUGGAUCGAACGAUCGUGGACCGUCAUGCGAACAACAAGAUCGCAGAGCGUAAUCCAUUCAUUUUUCAAACGAUCACUCGCGAUUUCCUCGGCAGGCGAAUGCUGAAUUGUAUCCAAUCGCCGCGUUCGGAUUUUCGUUUCAGGCAGAAACGAAAUCGACGGACCCUGACGUUACGCAUGGUAAAGCAGCUCCCGCAAGGCAGCUCAAUCAAGCAUAAUCUCGGAGAAUGAGAAGACCGCGACAUACCGUUUCUGACGUUCCUUGAGCUUGUCCGGCGAGUUCAUGUACCGCGCCCUCACGUGUCUGUCCAUUUUAAAAUUCGGUGCGAGAACGCGAUGGCAAGAUGCCGCUGCAGAGAAAAACGACCGUAAGCGCGACAGGCAUCAAGCGAAUCGUUAAGAAAUCUAUCCGAUCAUAAGUAACGGUUUUAUUCGCUGAUUUCUCCACAGCGAUGGCGGAUGGCCAAUUUUGUGUAUGGAAAACCGAACGCUGAAUGACGGCGAUGGCUGCGUAAACAGGCGAAGCGUUGGUCGAAUUAGUCGAUAAUGGAUGACAGAUGGAUUUUGAUGCUUUCUGCUUAUUCAUAUAUAUUAUAUAUAUGCUAACUUGCUGUUUUCUCGAUUUAGAUGUGUUAUUGAAUAUUAUUGGAAGAUACGAGACUUACAGCCACGCAUGAUCGAGCAUGGUAAGACAUCCAUUUUUCAAUCAUCGAUUACGAUUACUUAAAUUUAUUCGACAAACUUUUCAAAUUUUUCUAUUUCUCAAAAAAAGCGAAAUCUCUUUCUAAAAUAUAUUCAUGCAAAUCGUGCUUGUUCAAUGCUCAAAGAUCAAAUACGUGGCAUUUUUUAUGCUUAAUAUUGUAAAACGUAAU